CGUCAGCGAUUCGCCGUCCAUUACUUCGGAGAUCCAGGAACUGCUGUGCCUUCAGCAGCCAUGAAUCGGCUCGGUGCGCUGUUGAUUUUGCCAGUUUUGCUGGACUCGGCGCUGUCAAUUUCAUUUCAUCUACCAGUCAACACAAGGAAGUGUCUGCGAGAAGAAAUUCACAAGGACGUGCUUGUGACGGGAGAAUAUGAAAUUAGUGAACAACAGAACACGAAAACGAACCUGAAGAUCACAGACUCCUCAGGCCAUAUUCUGUAUUCUAAAGAAGAUGCCUCCAAGGGGAAGUUCGCCUUUACUACUGAAGAUUAUGACAUGUUUGAAGUUUGCUUUGAAAGCAAAUCCCCAAUGGGGACUGGUAGGGUUCCUGACCAGCUUGUGAACCUGGACAUGAAACACGGCGUGGAGGCAAAAAACUAUGAGGAGAUUGCCAAGGUGGAGAAGCUGAAGCCGCUGGAGGUGGAGCUGCGUCGGCUGGAGGAUCUGUCUGAGUCCAUCGUCAACGACUUCGCCUACAUGAAGAAGAGGGAGGAGGAGAUGCGCGACACCAACGAAUCCACCAACACCCGAGUAUUGUACUUCAGCAUAUUCUCCAUGUGCUGUCUGAUCGGGCUGGCUACCUGGCAGGUCUUCUACCUGCGACGCUUCUUCAAGGCCAAGAAGCUCAUUGAGUAGACUGCUGGGACUGGACUGGUUCGCACCAGGAAUUCCCUUUUUAUCCCUCCACGCUCCUCAUCCCUGUUACCCCCCGCCCGUGUCCUCAACUGGUGGAACACUCCGCCAAUAAAGGAGUUGAAGAGAGGGACAAUCCAAGAUCCCGGAGAACAGGAAUGCACUAUGGGUUGUUCUCCUUUUACAUUCUUUGGUAGUCAGUCGCCCAACACCACACACACACAACCCCCUUUUUUUUCUUCUAUGUGCUACAGGAUUCUGUUUUAAUGGACCCUCAAACAAUUGUACAAAAUCAUUUUAAGCUACAGCUUGAAGUCGCAUCUGUGAAAAAGAUGCCUGUUUAGGUAUAAUUGUUGUUUUUUUUUGUUUUUGUUUUGUUUUUGCUUAGGCUACGACUUUUUUUUUGGAUCUGGCUGCGGGUUUGAAUUUGUUUUGGAUCAGUGUAAAUGAUUUGCAUACUGGUGGGGUUCUCUAGAUAAUGGUUUAGGGUAUUCUGACUCGCCACAACUUUAAGUUUGAAUUGUUUGUUUGUGAAACUCUCCAGGUCAAAAUACAUAUAGUUUUUUUUAUUAUUAUUAUUUCAAAGAUACUGCAUCCCCUUCUUCCACAGAUUUUUCUUUGGCAAUUUGCUUUUGUUGACAUUGAACCUUUUUGUAAACUUCUACUAAUGAAUACACACUAUUGCAAUGAAUAUGUUUGUGUAAAAAAAAAAAGUCCAGACAAUGCAUUCACAUCCUGAAAUUCGAUGGCCACUUCUUGCUGGCUAGAAAGAGGUUUUGAAGAAGCUUUUUUGCUCCUUUUGCUUCAUGCUUGAAUAAAGAUGAGGAUGUAUUAACAAUGUUACACCGUAAAACCUCUGGUUUAUCUUUGCCAUAAAUUCCAACAACAGAAGUGGGUAACACUUCACUUGACGCAGGUGUCAUAGGCAUGUCAUUACAGUGUCAAAACAGUGUCAUGGCACAGUUAUGUACGUGUCUUAAACAUUAUGUCCAUGUCAUACACAUUUUAUGACUGUUGGCCUUAAGUGACAUUCGGUUAUGGUAAAGACAACCCAUUACACUGUAAUGACAUGCAUAUGACACCGGCGUCAAGUAAAGUGUUACCCAGAAGUGUAUGAAAACACAGUGGUACACUUCCACUGAGUUACAGUGACGUUCUCAACUGCUUCCUGAACUCUGUAAUUAUUCUAUUUGAAUGUUGAUAAUGGGGGUUUCUUUAAAUAAAGAUAAAAUGUUAUUUCUUUGUAAAUAACAUAAACCGA